AAAAAAAACGAACAAGCUGCGGGACUCGCGAGUCUCUGAGACGCUGCUGGAAACCGAGGAACUUUUGCAAAAGCACCCCGGAGUGUUUGGCGGCGGGGUGAAGCACGGGCCGGCCGAAACAGGAAGUAGGAUGUGGGUCUGGUACCUCCUGCUCGGGUCGGGAACGGGCACCAGCUCGGUCGAGAGCCAGCUUCUCCCUGGGAAUAACUUCACCACUGAAUGUAACAUCCCGGGAAACUUCAUGUGUGGCAAUGGCUUGUGUAUCCCUGGAAGCUGGCAGUGUGACAAUUUCGCAGACUGCUUCGACAAAAGCGACGAGAAGGGUUGCCCGAAGGUGAAGUCUAAGUGCGCCCCAACGUUCUUCGGCUGCGCUAAUGGCGUCCACUGCAUCAUCGGCCGCUUCCGCUGCAACGGCUUCCGCGACUGCCCCGACGGUAGCGACGAGGACAACUGCACAGGUAAUCCUCUGGUGUGCUCAGCGGCUCGGUUUCACUGCAAGAACGGCCGAUGUGUGGAUCGAAGUUUCCUCUGUAAUGGCCAAGACAACUGCCAGGACAACAGUGAUGAAGAGAACUGCCUUUCCACAGCAGAAUCUCCAGGUCAGGAUUUUGUGACGUUGGACUACCGGUUGCGUUACUACCCCAGCAUCACUUACGCCGUCAUAGGCAGCGCCAUCAUCUUCGUCCUGGUGGUGGCGCUGUUGGCUCUGGUGCUGCAUCACCAGAGGAAGAGGAGCGUGUUAUUGCCCCGUAGCGGAAGCCACCCGCACCCUCACCAGCCACUGCUGCUCUCCCGGCUGGUGAUAGUGGACAGAGGACAUGUCUCACCUCCAUCCUCCUCUCCAUCAGCACACUUCAACUCAGCACACAGCCUCCAGCUGCUCACCAGCUCACUGUACCCCCAAGGAACCCCGCUGGAGUCACCACCCUCAUACUCACAGGCAGUGCUGGAUGUCAGUCGACCACCCUGGUUUGACCUCCCGCCUCCUCCGUACCCGCCUGACGGUGAGGCCGCGUGUGGAACAGAUCCACCUGUUUAUGAAGCAUCCACACAAUCUAGUGAGACUCCUGCUGUCAGAUCUGAGAGAGCGCAAGUACACAGCAUCAAUCCCACAGUCACACGUGAAGCAGCACAGCCUCGAACCCUCAGCUCAGCUUCAGGCUCUAUAGAAGAGGCUCAGCAGCUAUAGGGGACACAUGUGUGUGUGUCUGUGUGUGUAUAUAGGACACAGAGACGUGUAUAGGACUCACCGUGUGGAAAGAUACGAGACGGAUGAGUGCCACAGCACUACAUUUGGAGUAUCGCUAAAGAGCAUUGCCAGAAAAACAUAGGGUUUCCUACUCCGUGAUUUUCUGGGUGGAAUGCGCCAUCUUCUGGGAAAAAUGUGACGUUACAGCUCCAGUGAGAGACGAAUCUACUUCACACCUCCGAGACGUGACUGGUCUCAUAAAGACGCGGUGGAGACACCAAACGAACAGCACUCCACUACUCCAGGACUAAACACUUUCCUGAACUCGUCUUUAUUAAUAGUGUUUUGGUGUUGUUGUUUUUUUUCCAUCCAGCGCUUUAUAAUAUUCUGAAAAAUCACUAUGCAAUGUGAAUUGUGUAUGACGUUGAACUUAUUAAAAAAACGAUACAAGUGAUAUGGUGUGUAAAGAAUCAAAGUCCUUCUCCAUUCUCAUCGUGAAAGCACUUAUUAAUUUAUCCUGUUGAUACACUUUUGGUCGUUGUGUUUCCUUCGAUUAUUUCUCAAAUUAAAUUCACAGUAAACUCUACACAGACGAGCAGCUUUCGUGCUAAGAGGCUUUUCUCCACAGUAAAAGUGCCGGACGGUGUUCUGACUAACUGUUGAAAUGUCCACAGGUUUGUGCGCGUGCACAUUUCACUUUUGGAAGCCCAUUAAUUCAUGCUUCUUCAAGUAGGUUUCUGCUGGAAGCACUUUCUUGAAAAGUCACACUAAUAAAGCAGCUCAAAAUACGUGUAACCAUGACAACAGUGAUGGUGCUUGUGGCAUCUGCUGUAUUUUUGCCCGCACUUGCAGCUAUUUUACAGGACAUUUUAAGUGGUGUAUUAUUCCAGAACAGCACUAGUUAGUGUCGUGGGUCCAGGAACCAUCCAGAGGUUAAUGAAAUGAAGUCUGUGGAGUAAAGCGAAGUGUGGAAACGGUCAGUCUUUUUUCACCGCAGCAGAAGUUUCCUAUGUUUUAUUAACCUGCUGCCAUUUACUGGCUGCCUUAUCAUAUGAUGACUCCAAUUUCAAUUAAUUCAGUUAGAAUAUUUAUACGAUAAAAUAUCUCAUGCCAAAACAUAGAAUCUUGCUUCAAGGAGAACUGAAGUCAUUUUUAAACGUGCUUUAUUUCUUAAUGUGUUAUUCAUUUCCGUUUUCGGUUUUAGUAACCUUAUAUCGUGACUCGUAUUGGCAACUAACUGCAAUUAAAUAUUAUACUUAUCGGCCUAUUCGGUUUUUAGCCAUGUUGAAUUUAGUUCGUUUGGUCCACGGCAGGCGUCGCUUAUCUGCGCGAUCUUCACGAGACUUGUGCGAGACUUCGAAACGUGACGUGUCAGCCAGGUGUCAGUGCCGCCAUUUUGAAAACCGUUUUCCAAACGAAAUGUUGCACAAAAACGAGUUUAAAUGACGAUUACUGCCUACUUUUUUCAAACUUUCCUGAUCGCUAUCAAAGCAAACAAAACUUCUGGCUUGAUUACGUCAGCAUUCGAAAGAGGGCGCGUGCGUCUUUUGACAACGUUGGUAGAUGUCGGUCACUUUGAUUUCCGUUGUACGUUUUACUUCCGUCCUACGAUGUCUCGCACAGGUCUCGACGAAUCUCGUUUAUGGCCAUUGCUGUGACAUAUGGACUGAUAUAUUGCAGAGCAUAUUUCAAACACUCAGAACUUGCUAUAGCAGUGACAAAAUAGCGAUCAAAAAUGCAUUCCUAUUAGUGCUGUCAAAAAUGUCGCGUUAUUAACGCGUUAACUUGACUCAAUUUUAACGGCGAUAAUUUUUUUAUCGUGAGAUUAACGCUCUGUGACAUGAUGUAGGUUUUUCAUAAGCUUUUGAAACUGCCAGGAACUUGGAACAGAGACUUUGCUUAGAAAAACGAUAGCAGCUAGACUGUACUGCCGCGCCCCGCACAGCCAGAGUCCUCU